CCCUCCACACAGGGCAGUGCCCCCCGAUGUUAUUCCGCGGGGAUUCUGGGAUUAUCUGUCCACUGUUUGUCUGAAAAGGGAGGAAUUUUAAGCAGCUGACCUUGGAGAGGUGGCGUCCGGUCCUGGAGAAGCAGGUGGCAUCUGACAGAUAAUGGAUGACCUUCAGAAGUUCCAGUUUGCCAUAGACCGUGGUGGUACCUUCACUGAUGUUUUUGCAAGAUGUCCUGGAGCAAAGGUUCGUGUCAUGAAAUUAUUGUCUGAAGACCCGUCAAAUUACAAUGACGCUCCUACUGAGGGCAUCCGGAGGAUCCUAGAAGAGGAGACUGGUUGUACGUAUCCCCGGGACUGUCCUCUGGACACAAAGCAGAUAGAGUGGAUACGGAUGGGGACCACAGUGGCAACCAACGCUCUUCUGGAAAGAAAAGGAGAGCGGAUCGCUCUACUAAUUACUAAAGGAUUCAAGGAUUUGCUUCAUAUUGGAAACCAGGCGCGGCCCAAAAUCUUUGACCUGGAAAUUCGGAUGCCUGAGGUUCUGUAUGAAGAGGUCAUAGAGGUGGAAGAAAGAGUCGUCCUACAUCAGGAGGGCUGUCAGCUGCCUAAAGACCCUUCUCUGAAGACCUUCAUAGGUUCAACUGGUGAUACUCUAGAAGUCUGGGAGCCAGUUAACUUGGAGAACCUGAGGAAUAUACUGCAGGAUGUCUUGUCCCGGGGGAUCCGCAGCCUGGCAGUGGUCCUUAUGCACUCUUAUACGUGGUCAUCCCAUGAACAUCAGAUUGGAGAUCUGGCACGUUCAAUGGGUUUUACCCAUGUAUCUCUUUCUUCAGAGGUAAUUCCUAUGAUUCGAAUGGUGCCAAGGGGGUACACGGCUUGUGCUGAUGCAUAUCUCACCCCAUGUAUACAGAGGUAUCUGGAUGGGUUUCGCAGUGGCUUUCAAAACCAGCUCAAGGACCUUCAGGUUCUCUUCAUGCGCUCAGAUGGAGGAUUGACCCCGAUGCACAGCUUUAGUGGGUCUCGCGCAAUCCUUUCUGGACCAGCAGGGGGAGUGGUAGGUUACGCCAUAACCACCUAUCAACCUGAAAAUCCUCAGCCUGUUAUUGGCUUCGAUAUGGGAGGGACCUCCACAGAUGUCAGCCGCUACGCAGGAGAGUAUGAACAUGUCUUUGAGGCCACCACAGCUGGGAUCAGUAUUCAGGCCCCCCAGCUGGAUGUGAACACCGUGGCCGCUGGAGGGGGCUCCAUGCUUUUCUUUAGGUCGGGAUUGUUUGUGGUUGGACCAGAGUCUGCGGGCGCCCACCCCGGACCCGCUUGUUACAGGAAAGGGGGGCCGCUGACUGUGACGGACGCCAAUCUCUGUCUCGGCCGUCUCCUCCCUGAUUACUUUCCUCGGAUCUUUGGUCCGUCUGAGGAUCAGCCUCUCUCCAAGGAAGACACAAUAUGCAUGUUUAAGGAACUCACUAUGGAGAUUAAUCUGUUCCAGCAUGGCCGACCGGGGGGAGGAGCUUCACUCAGCAUUGAGGAAGUGGCCAUGGGAUUCAUCCGAGUGGCCAACGAAGCCAUGUGUCGUCCGAUCAGAUCCCUCACUCAGGCUAAAGGUCAUGACACGUCUCGUCACGUGUUGGCAUGUUUUGGCGGCGCAGGAGGGCAGCAUGCUUGUGCUAUCGCUCGUUCUCUUGGCAUGAAGACUGUCUUCAUCCACAAAUAUGGCGGGGUCCUCUCGGCGUACGGCAUGGCACUGGCGGAUGUGGUACACGAAGCUCAGGAGCCAUGUUCUAUGCUGUAUGGUAAAGAUUCCUUCCCACUCCUAGAGAAGAGAAUUGCAUCUCUGGAGACUCAGUGCAUUGAAGCCCUUCAGCAACAAGGAUUUCAGCGGUCUCAGAUCGACACUGAGCCCUUCCUACAUCUCCGCUACGAGCGAACGGACUGUGCGUUAAUGUGCUCAGCGAGGGGAUACCCUGUGAACCCCAACUCCUGCCGUGUGGGGGAUUUCAAGGAGGCCUUCACAGCCAGGUACAUGAAGGAGUUUGGAUUCACUAUCCCAUCCCGGAAUAUUGUUGUGGAUGACAUUCGUGUACGAGGAACAGGCAGCACUGGCAUCCGCUGCGAGUCUCGGAUCAAGCCAAGUGGACAGCCGGCUCGUGUGGAGUUGGUCACUAAAUGCUACUUUGAAGAAGGCUACAUGGACACCAGCGUGUAUCUUCUGGAGGACUUGUCCUGUGACCACACAAUCGUUGGACCAGCCAUUAUCAUCGAUAAGAAUAGCACUGUGUUGGUGGAACCAGACUGCACCGCGUCUAUUACGGAGUAUGGCGAUAUCCAGAUCUCUGUAGGGAGCGGAAAACAGCAAACCGUUGGACCAGAGCUCGACACCAUUCAGUUGUCCAUCUUUUCCCACCGAUUCAUGAGCAUAGCCGAACAAAUGGGUCGUAUCCUUCAAAGAACAGCCAUCUCCACCAACAUCAAGGAACGUCUGGACUUCUCCUGUGCGCUCUUUGGUCCUGAUGGGGGUCUGGUGUCCAAUGCUCCCCAUAUUCCAGUGCAUUUAGGAGCCAUGCAGGAAACAGUCCAAUUUCAGAUUAAAAACCUGCAAGAUGAUCUGAAAGAAGGAGAUGUGAUUCUGAGCAAUCACCCGUGUGCCGGGGGCAGUCACCUGCCGGACCUGACGGUGAUCACACCAGUCUUCCGGGUGGAAGCUCCUCGUCCAGUUUUCUUCGUAGCAUCCCGUGGGCACCAUGCUGACAUUGGAGGCAUUACCCCUGGCUCCAUGCCACCACAUUCCAAGUCAUUAAAUGAAGAAGGAGCAGUUUUUACUUCUUUCAAACUUGUGAAGGAAGGAACAUUCCAAGAAGAAGCUGUCACUGAGGCGCUGAUGGCUCCAGGACUGAUACCUGGCAGCAGUGGGACCCGUAACCUCCAUGAUAAUUUAUCGGAUUUGCGAGCACAGGUAGCAGCCAACCAGAAGGGCAUCCAGUUAGUAAAUGAGUUAAUUGACAUCUAUCGAUUGGAAGUCGUACAGGCCUACAUGGGACAUAUCCAGGCUAAUGCAGAGGUGGCAGUCAGAGAGAUGUUGCGGGAGUUUGCUGAUCGGUGGGAGCGGCAGAGCGGAGCACUGGAGGUGGACUCGGUAGAUUAUAUGGAUGAUGGUUCUCCUAUCAAGCUGAAGGUGACAAUCAACAAAGAAGAGGGGAGCGCUGUGUUCGAUUUUACCGACUCCGGAUAUGAAGUCUUCGGGAACUGUAAUGCCCCUCGUGCCAUCACCCUCUCUGCCCUCAUUUACUGCCUGCGCUGCAUGGUGGGCCAAGAUAUUCCACUUAACCAGGGUUGCCUUGUGCCCAUCCGAGUCAUCAUCCCAAAAGGGUCUAUCCUGGAUCCCUCUCCGGACGCGGCAGUUGUGGGAGGAAAUGUGCUGACGUCACAGAGGAUUGUUGAUGUCAUCUUUAAGGCCUUUCAAGUGUGUGCAGCGUCACAGGGUUGUAUGAACAACAUCACAUUUGGAAACCAGAACAUCGGAUACUAUGAGACGGUGGCCGGCGGUGCUGGGGCCGGCCCACACUGGGUCGGGAGAAGCGGUAUUCAUAGUCACAUGACCAACACGCGGAUUACAGACCCGGAGAUUCUGGAGAAACGGUACCCAGUAAUCCUGAAACGUUUCCAGCUACGUCCAGGCUCCGGUGGUCGGGGGACCUUCUGUGGGGGGGAUGGAGUCAUUCGGGAGCUGCAGUUCCGAGAGCACGUCAUCUUGUCCGUUCUCACUGAACGAAGGGUUUUCCAACCAUACGGCGUCCAAGGUGGAUCUCCUGGUGCGCCUGGACUCAACCUCUUGCAUCGGAGCGAAGGAAAAACCAUUAACUUGGGAGGGAAAACAUCUAUUUCGUUACAACCUGGGGACGUGUUCACACUUCAUACUCCCGGUGGAGGAGGAUAUGGUGAUCACAACGUGGGGGAUAAGACGUUGAUGCCCACGAAGAGUCAAAGUCGCAGUUUUGCGGAGCGGGGAAGCGUCUACGAUUACCGAAUGGCUCAGGAGACUGUGUGACAACCUCCUGACGAGAUCCAUGAAUGACCAAUGUAUAGACGCUGAGGAGACCGGGGCUGGGUGACGUCUGUUCCCUACAUGUGCUAUGAUCUGAUCGUGAGAAAUAUAUGGUAGAGUUCUAUUAUUAAAAUAAAAAUCUCAGAUUUUGAUUUCA